GCUCCGCCUUUACCCGUUCCGCUUGAGGUAUGACGGCAGUGUUUCUUGGGCAGCGUUAAAAAGUAGCUGACUUGUUAGCAAAAGGAAAGUUAACGUGAAGAUACCUUUACAUUUUAGCCAGCUCUGCGUUUACACCAGCUGUCAUUGGUAUGGGUGUGGCGAGCGGAGUGGUGCCGCAGCCGGCCCCCCUUUAAGGUGUCACCACGGCGGGGGAGGUCAGGCCCGCUGUCUGCAGGGUGGUCAUCUACCUACAGAGGGACAUGUCGGGGGGCGACUGUCUGCGGCCCGGCCCAUCCGAUUCCCCCGCUGCCACUCGCCCCAAGACCUAUAGUGGUGCCGUGGGCCUGGGCAACAAGUAUGUACGUCUGAACGUGGGCGGGAGCCUCUACUACAGCUCUCUGCAGGUGCUCACUCGGCAGGACACCAUGCUCAAGGCCAUGUUCAGUGGCAGGAUGGAGGUGUUCACCGACAAGGAGGGCUGGAUCUUGAUCGACCGCUGCGGGAAGCACUUUGGAACCAUCCUGAGCUUUCUGCGAGACGCCGCCGUGACCCUGCCGAAUACCCGGCAGGGGGUCCGCGAGCUCAUGGCCGAAGCCAAGCACUACCUCAUCCAGGGGCUGGUGGACCUCUGCCAGGGCGCCCUGCAGGAGGAUAGGCUGCGAGCGCUCUGUGUGGUCCCGGUGAUCACCUCCUUGAAGGAGGAGCAGCAGGUCAUCCAGGCUUGCAGCCGGCCUGUGGUGAAACUGCUCUACAACAGAAGCAACAACAAGUAUUCCUACACCAGUAACUCGGAUGACAACCUGCUGAAGAACAUCGAGCUCUUCGACAAACUGUGCCUGAGCUACAGCGGACGUAUGCUUUUCAUCAAGGACGUCAUCGGAGAUGAGAUCUGCUGCUGGUCUUUCUAUGGGCAGGGCCGCAAGUUGGCCGAGGUCUGCUGCACAUCCAUCGUCUACGCCACAGAGAAGAAGCAGACCAAGGUGGAGUUCCCUGAGGCACGGAUCUACGACGAAACUCUGAACGCGCUGCUGUACGAGACACUGCCAGUGCCCGACAACUCGCUGCUGGAGGCCACGCGGAGGCGUGCCCAGUGUGGCUCCCACAGCGAGGAGGAGGAGGCAGGGGAGAUCCGUGAGCGUGUGCGCCGCAUCCACGUCAAGAGGUACAGCACCUAUGACGACCGCCCCCUGGGCCUCUAGAUGCCAUUGGAGUCCCGCUUGCCUCUUCACCUCUCGGCCCCCAGGCAGGUUCUCAGCCAGACUGGGUCCUCGACAGUCAGGUGUGGAGGGGGUGACACAAAGCCAUCUUUUCUUCCUUCAUUGGUAUCUUGUGUUGCCAGUGAGAUAAGGGCCUCACUGCCUGUGAGUAUCCUGAUGGGCCUCUACCUUCAUUCAUCUGUGGUUUUUGGACUCUCAUGUAAAGUAUCUGUAUCCAGUGCUACACCACAAAGUGCCACAGAGUGAAAGUGAAAGUGCUUUAAUCAUUUCUUAAAUACUCUUUUAUAGUGUUCCAGAUUUGGCAGUUUUACAACAUCCAGUAUCUGUGCAUAGAUAUUUCUUCCCUCAUACUGGUAUAGCUUUUAAAACAUAACGUUUUAGCUACUCUGAACUAUCAUGUUCUGCUCAGUGAAAAUACAGUAAUACUGUAAAGUUUUUUUUAUAAAAAAUGUUCUGGGAUAUUUUUUAGCCAUUCUGUAACUGUAAUGAGGGUGCUGUAAUGAGCUUUGUGGGCUAUUUGUCUUUCUGGGUGACCGCGAUACGUUUCUCUUGACGCCACUCUGGACAUUAGGCUCUGAAAGUGCUCUGUCAGCUGUGAGGGAAUAUUUUUUUUCCUUGUGAUUUAUAACAAGCUCCUAUUUAUUGUUCACACUUGUAAUGAAACCUGGAAAUCGGAUGAAGAUGAAGGGGGCCCUCCGGAGGGGGAGGUGAUAAUGCUGAAAUUUUUUAUCGCCCAGGAGCUUGUCGGCAAUCAGAGAGCUCCACACAGAAACACUACACUCGCAUACUUACACACUGCUCAGUGGUGGUGAUGUUUUAUUCCCUUUCUAAUUUGUGAAUAAAUCAUGAAAUGCUGCACAUUGUAACUUUAUGCACCGGGAAAUAAAAUGGUUAUCGUUUCUGGAUUGUAGCUGGACAACCUCAGACCUGUUUUUCCCUUAUAAACCAAAUUGCGAUGGCUGCACCUUCGCGGAAUGUUGGCCGUCCCUCUGGGGUCUGAACACAUGUAUCAUUUAUGUGUUCAGUGGCCUUAGAUGUUUCAGCUGGGGGUGUUCUUUAAAUAAAAAUGACAGGUCAUCUAUAUCAGUUGUUCACCUGCCCCAUGCGACAUCUUUGCAUCAUGUCCUAUUGCUCGCUGUCUGGUUUCUUCUCGUGUUUGUCCUUUGCUUAUAAGAUUACUGACCGUGUCCCUGUAUCACCACCAAGGCCAUUCCAGGUUUUAGACCUGAAGCUCCAGGUGAGCCGAUUUGCUGCUCAGAGAUGUUUCUGGUGUGUCUAAUUAUGUAUGUGUCAUCCUGUGGAAUGUGUCAGUGUAUUCUGGGAGUUUUGGGGUCUUCCUGCAGCGCUUUGCUCUCUUGACAGCAUACACUGGGCAAAGAUAUGCAGGUUGGGCCCUCUCUGGAUUCCCCAGCUCAUGGUGAUUUGGCUUUAGUGGGUUAAUGCUGCCUUUUCCCUGUUGCAUAUUUAAGCCUGUUUAAAGACACCCAGUAUGUUUUUAUUUUUCAAACACCCACAGUGCCAGUUCUGAUUAGUGAGACACAUAGUGACGCGUCAUAAAGCAUGUAAGGGAAAUCUGUUAUUUACGCAAUCAGUAAAGCCAAUGACUGUUAUUUCUGCACUCUGUAAGACAUAUGACUUUGUGUGACAAAAAAAUGCAAAAAAGUGCCUCCAUAAUUUGAAAUGUUUUGUAUAUGGUUUCUGUAUUAAUUUUCUUUUUUAAAUAAAAGGGUUUCAAAUAA